CCCCCCAACAUAAUAGCAUCUAGGUAUCCGCGAACGUGAAGUAUGACUCCUGUGGUACUUGCGUUGUUUCUCGCAAUAGCGACCUUUGUCCAUGGCCAAGCUCCAGGCGACGGCAGCGACCUGUGUACGGAGGACAGCAUUCAGGGGUUCCCUAACCCGUUCUUUGAAAUCCGCCCGGUGUACUCAGCUAGUGAGCGGCCUCUCAUGGACUCCAGAGACUACCUUCGCCUGCUGCAGGAGAAUGGCGAUACAUAUGUACCGUGGCAAAGCUUGGAUAGGGACAAUAACAAUACAAACGGCGUUAUAACUGAGUGGACUCAAACUGUAAUAGCCACAUGUGCUGGGACAGUGACAGUGUGUGGAUUCAGUGAGGGAGCUCAAGAGAACUGGCUCAUCACACAGCACAUCAACACAGUGCUACCAGGAGUAGGAGGAGAGAGACUGAGGAAAGUGACUGUUCAGUUUGAGGGAACUCUCAAUGGAUGUGAUAUCAGUAGACAGUGCAGACAGAGUUUUGAACUAUACAAGUGGGAGACUUCAGCCAUCGACAGAAAUGGAGCAACUAACACCAACAAUUAUGUCAGAGUUGGUCGAGUCUCUCCCUCUGUUACUAGUGGAGUCACGUCCUUUGUUGAUUCUCAUAAUAUUGAAUUGGGUACCACAGGUGGAUUUUACUUGGGAGUUGUUGACUUGAGCACUUGUGUUACUCUCACAAGAAUUCUAGUUCUCUACUAUGUGUGUCCAGAGGAGACAUCAGAACUCAUCUCCAGAACUGAGGCAAUUGAAUCCCAGUCUCUGGAAGGCUCGCCUUCAGUGGAGGGAGAGUGUGUAGAGAACAGUUCCACAGAGUCUGGGACUAAUCCUAUUCUCAUAUGUGGUGCUAGGGGACAGUGGCAGGUGAUAAAACCUUGUCUCUGUAAUCCUGGGUAUGAGCUGGACAGCAGUCAAGACCAGUGUUCAGAGUGUCCAGAAGGAACCUUCUCAUCAGGACUGGAGUCUCCAGGACCUCCAUCUGAUCUCAGAGUGUCAAAUGUGACCAACACAUCAGCCGUCCUCUCCUGGUCUCCUCCUGAUAAUGGUGGAGGGAGACCUCUCUAUGAGAUAGUCUACACCAUCCACAUACACGAUGGUUCUUCCACUCUGAAAAAAGUGGUAAACAGUACAGAGACCAUUGUGACUGGACUGACACCUGGUGUCCUCUACACAUUCUCUGUAUCUGCUGAGAAUGAUGUCUCCUCUCAGGACAACAAUAUCAAUGCCAGAACUGUCAAUAUCUCUAUAGCUACAGUACCUUCUAGUGUUAGAGACAUUCAAGAACACUGUACUGUUGUGGUUUGGAAGGAACCGGCAGAAACUAAUGGUCCUAUUGAAAGCUACCUUUUGACGUUCAGGAGGGAAGAUCUGUCCACGUCAGUAGCGUCUAGUCCUACAUACCACUAUUACGUUAUUCAACCACGUGAUAUCCCACCUGGAGUUGGACCAGUUACAGUGGAGGUGAGAGCUAGGAACGCAAUAGGACUUGGUCCUUUGUCACAACCACCAGUGACCAUAUACUGCCUAAGUGAGAACCCAUCUCCCGCUCCAAUGCCGACUCCAACCACACCAGAGUGUCCAUCUUGCCCCCCACCUGUCACCUGCUCUCCUGCUGCAACCCCUCUCCCUUGCCCAACCUGUCCCUCUUGCCCUACUCCCACCUGCCCUCUAAUUACGAGUAGCCCCUGUCCUAACGAGUGUUCACUGUGUCCGUCGAUAACUCAAGUCCACCUGAGCCCUCAUCCCCACUACCACUGCUGUGCCCCACACAAAGCUCCUGCCCUCCAUGUGAAGAGUGUCCCAUGGAAGAGUUUAAUGUGUCUAAGGAACUUCACAGCAUCUCAGACAUGUGCUAUGUAAGAUGACCUGCUAGGGAUAAGAAAUACCUGCAGUAGCUACCAUGUUUUUGUCGAAAUGAGCAUUUGGGACUGUAAGUGCAACAAAUUGCUCAUCAUCCUGUCACAGUACCCAUGGUCAUGUGGCUCUGUUGACCUGAUAUUCCCAGAUCAACUGAUCUACAUCACUAAUAAUACAGUGACACCUCUUGGAUAUCGGCCAAGUAGAUAGUAUGUAAUAAGAGUCCCUAUGGGAGUUGCACAGUGUCACUGUCAGAACUGCAGCAGUAUCAAAUACUCUAAGCAGCAUUACAUGUUGAGGAAAGGUGUGACAUUACCCCCACGGAUUAUAGAUAUGCACCACAUGCUACCCUCCUCGUGUGUAACUUGGCAAUGACACUGGAUAGUGUCACGGGCAACGGCACACAGAGCAUAAAACAAAGCAACUCUUUGGAUCUCCACAGUCUAUUUCUAAUAAAUAGCUUCCCAGCAAGUCAUGGUGAGGUAUAAUAUUAUUCUUGGAAUACUAUUCAUCUCAACAUUUUCCUGUUGCUCAGCAACUGAGGAGUGCAGCGACGCGAUGUGUAUUGAGAAUGUGAUGUGUGUGCUGAACGAUGAUGUUAUUGAAAGCGAUUGUGGAUGCCCCUGCAAUGAUGGAUUCCAGUGCAGUGAAGAUGGUUAUACAUGUGAAGAUAUUGAUGAGUGUGUCCCUGGUUACGACAACUUUACUUGUUUCCCGUACCAAAUGUGUGUCAACACCUAUGGAGGUUACCGGUGUCGCUGUCUACCGGAAUUUGAGAACCUCUGUGGACCUUCAACUGGCGCCGUCUUUGUUUCAAAGUGUCCUGAAUGCAUUGAGACUGCCUAUUGCGAUGCUUCAACUAAUUUCACCUGUCAGUGCAUGGCACUGUCUUCCCCGAAUACCAAUGGAGGAGAGUGUCCAGAGUGUCCAAGUGGUACUUACACUGUACCAGAUUAUCCUUGUCAGCUCUGCCCAGCAAACAGCCAUUCCCACGAGGCAGGUCUCGCUGAAUGCUCAUGUCUCGAUGGAUACUACAGAGCUCCUUUAGACUCAGUCCACGAUCACUGCACAAAGUCUCCCUCAGCACCUCGUAACUUGACAGCACGUGAUGUGAGGAACACAUCUAUGGUCAUCUCUUGGCUCCCA